ACUUGCAAGCUGUAAACAAUGCUGUUAUUCAGAGAGCACCUUGUGUCCCUGACCCGCAUACUUUGUUGAAUUCAUUGACACCUGAUACGAAAAUCUUCACAGUGAUUGACAUUAGCAAUGCUUUUUUCUCUGUCCCUAUUGCAAAAGAGAGUCAGUUUUGGUUUGCGUUUACAUAUGCUGGCUCAAGGUACACCUUUUCAAGGUUACCACAAGGGUACUGUGAAAGCCCGACAAUUUACUCCCAGGUGAUGGCGGCCAGCAUGGCUAAAUUUGUCCCGCCAAUGGGAAGUCAGAUCUUGCUUUAUGUUGAUGACAUUUUGAUAGCAUCUCCUGAUUUUGCCUCUUGCCAAAAAGACACGCUUGCAGUGCUGCAUCACUUGGCAAGUGAAGGCCACAAGGUCAGCAAGAACAAGCUUCAACUGUGGUCUGCUGAAAUUAAGUAUCUAGGCCACAAUCUAAGUUCCCAAGGUCGAUCCAUAGUUGAAAGCAGAAAAGCCUCUAUUUUACAAGCUCCUAAGCCACUAACAAAGAAGCAAAUGAUGUCUUUUUUGGGUCUCACAGGUUAUUGUAGAAACUGGAUACUUGAUUAUGCCCAAAUUGUUGCUCCUCUGUCCAAAUUGAUGUAUGUGGAAGACAUCUCAAUGUCCGCUCACUUAAAAUGGACUCCUGAAGCCGAGGAUGCCUUUGUUUUGAUCAAACAGGCUUUGGUCUCCAGCUCCACUCUAGCCUUACCCAACUAUGAUAAGGUGUUUGUCCAGACUGUUGACUGCAAAGGUCAUUACAUGACCUCUGUUUUGCUCCAAUCACAUGGCUCAAAAUUGCGUCCUAUUGCUUUUUAUUCCUCUAAACUGGACAGUGUUGCAUGUGCUCUCCCACCAUGCGUGAGGGCCGUGGUGGCAGCCUCCAUGGCUGUGGAGAGCAGUGCUGGUGUUGUGUUAUUUCAUCCUUUAACACUGAAAGUUCCUCAUGCUGUCUCGGCUCUUCUGCUACAGACUAAUAUGACCUUUCUGUCGCCUGCGCGUCAUCUUUCUUGCAUGGCUACGUUGCUGUCUCAGCCGCAUCUGACCGUUGAAAGAUGCGCGACACUCAAUCCUGCCACUCUCAUUCCCCUUCCUGACGAUGGCGAAUUCCAUGAUUGUGUCGAUGCUGCCCAACAGAUUGCAAAGGCUCGGCCUGAUUUGGAAGAUACGCCUCUGCCAGAUGGUCAUGUGGUUUUUGUUGAUGGGUCUUCUAAGAAGAAUGAAUCUGGUGUGACCCUUACUGGGUAUGCCAUUGUUACUGCCGACGUGGUUUUGGAGGCUGCUAAACUGCCAUCCAAUAUGUCGGCACAGGCCGCUGAGCUCAUUGCUUUGACUGGGGCCUGCAAAUUGUUUGCAAACAAGUCCGUCACUAUCUGGACUGAUAGUCAGUAUGCUUUUGCUACAGUGCAUGUUUUUGCUCAGCAGUGGAGCAACCGUGGCAUGAUAACUUCUACAGGGAAGCCCGUCUCCCAUUCCGCUAUACUAACUCAACUUUUGGAUGCUGUCCAGCUGCCUUUAAAGGUAGCGGUUUGCAAGUGUGCUGCUCACACUGCGGGCUCUGAUCCUGUUUCUCUCGGUAAUGCUUUUGCUGACAAAUCCGCUAAGGCCGCUGCGGAAGGCCUGCUUCAUGUCCUCUCGUCUCUCACGGCUCAUGAUUCAAUGUCACACAUCUCCCCUGAUGUGUUGCUUGACAUGCAGUCUCAGAGCCCCUCCCAGGAACGACUCUCUUGGGAAAAGCGGGGUGCAACUAAAAACACCGAUGGUCUUUUUGUGUGACCUUUGGGCAAACCUGUCUUGCCUCGUAGCUUGUUCAAAUGGGCUGCUGUUUCAAGUCACGGGGUCACCCAUGUCUCGGCGGGAGGUAUGGUGAAACAAGUCGAGGCUAUUUAUACAACAUACGGCUUUGCCGCUUUUUCACAACGAUUUUGCAGAGCGUGUUUGAUCUGUGCUAAACAUAACCCACAAGGCAAUUUAAGACCUCAGAGAGGGAAAUUCCCGACUCCAUUGUACCCGUUUCAGACAAUACAUAUGGAUUAUAUCCAAUUACAUAAAUGUGAAGGGAAAGAAUAUUGAUUGGUCAUAAUAGACGCAUUUUCUAAAUGGGUAGAAAUAUUUCCUACCAAACAUGCAGAUGCACUCACAGUGGCAAAAGCCUUAUGCAAAGACAUCAUUCCAAGGUACGGUAUUCCAGAAACAAUUUAUAGCGACAAUGGUCCACAUUUUGUAAAUCAAAUAGUGCAUAACAUUGGGAGAAUGUUCCACAUAAAUGUAAAGAACCAUUGUUCAUACAGACCGCAAUCCGCUGGCCUGGUUGAGAGAGCGAACCAGUCUAUAAAAAACAGAUUAAAGAAAUGUAUGGAAGAAACAAAACGACCGUGGACUCAGUGUUUAGACCUGGUUAAAAUGUACAUAAAUAUUACAAGUACAACAGGGCUAACUCCUUAUGAAACUAUGUUUGGGAGACCUUACAGGCUUCCUCAGUUCAAAAACACAUGGGAGAUCCCCGAGGAAGCCACGUUAGCUGAUUACAUGAGAAAAAUGUUAGAACGUAAAAAGGAUCUAACCAAUAACACUGAUGAUGAACCCAUUUCUCUGCAGGAAGACCCCAAAGUGGUACCGGGAGACUGGGUUUUGAUCAGGAGUAUCAAGAGGAAGAAUUGGCAUUCACCCAAGUGGGAAGGUCCCUUUUUGGUACUACUCACGACACCUAAUGCUUUAAAAAUAGCCGAACGCAACACGUGGAUUCAUUUAACUCAUUGUAAAAAAGUGAUCUCCGCAGACCCAACCUAAGUACGGAAGGUGAGCAAAGUCUGGUAAUAGUGCCUGAUUCUGGUGUCAAGAUCCAGGGUUGACACGAAAGCUAGCAGAAGAAUUCCAAGACACCAACCCGAAGCUCAGGGUGUUGACUCUGGGGAGAUCCAAAACAUGAGCAUUAGAGAGUCAUUUGGUGAGUGCUUUAAUCGGGCUGUAGCCUGCGCGAAGUCUACCAUGUGCUUUUGGUUGUUUUUGCUGGUUUGUGUUACCAUUAUAUUUUUUUCAGGGGUUACUUUAUCUGGAGGGAUAGAGUACCAUGAGCCUCGCACAUUAUUCUCUCAGGCGACUGCUAACGCUAAUUCUAGUCGAUGUGGCUCAUGGGGAGAACUUGCUAGACAUAAGCGCGACACUAAAUCCCCUUUUGGUCAUGUUGUUUGUGUUCCAGGAGCCGUCCGUGUUCCAACCUGUGUACCAUGGCUUUUGUCUUGGGCUUAUAAUAACUCAUUAAUGUUUACUGUGGCUCCUAACACAUCUUCUUCUAUUAUUUUACCUUUGAAAAGUUUGAAAGGGUUUCGUAAUGGUCGCCCCACUACUGGAGAUAGAUGGCUCGGGUAUUGGUGGUAUUUAACUGGCCACCCGGUUAACACCGGCUGGGGCACCCUUGUCACCACGCAAAUGCGAGGGUAUUGGCCCUCUGGUUCCAGUGACGAGGCUGUGUUCUUUGCUAAACGAGUGACUUUGAUAAAUCGGGGCACAAGCCUCCUUUUGACUCUUACACUCCCUGACGGUCAUAUUCGUCCUCCAAAUGCCACCUUGUUUAACACUUCUUGUUGGGGUUUUCAACUGUGGGCUUGGUCCUCUGGAACCGAUCCUCGCUUUCCUAUUGCUAUUUGCCUUAAUAGAACAAUGUCGGUCGCAGACCGUCCCGUUACAAAUAAAUACACCUUGUCAGCGGGAGCAAAAAUCGCAAGUACGCUCCUCACUGAUGUAGACAGCUAUUUUGUGGCCUCCACAGGGAUAAGCGGUCAUACUAACAACUGGCUUCUUGUGGCUGAGCAGGCCGCAAAGAUGGCUGGCGCUAGUUGCAUUGCAUGCAUGGGUCCCAGACCUCUUUUGAAAAUCAUACCUGCAAAUAUAGGCCCUAAGUGUGCUGUCGUUUUGAUGUUAAACUCGUCCAUUUCACCCACUCACGAUUGUUUUAGAUGGGAUACGGUUUACCCUGUUGCCCCUAUGACGAAGCAUAAACCCCUUUUUUCGUCUGUUGUAGCUAAGGGUAAUUUUACAUGCAUUAGAUUACCUGGUACCGGUGUGAUGCUCGGCGCCCUACCUGCUCCGUGGUGUGGGUCCGUGACCAAGGUCACGGCCCCUUUUUUGCCCAUUGCUCGUUGUGAUAUUUGGUUUUGGUGUAAUAGUAACAAACUUUAUGAUAGGUUGCCUUUCAACAGCGCUGGGAUUUGUGCUUUGGUAACCCUAUUGCUACCUGUUCAUUUGAUACCAAUGUCCUCUUAUGAUCUAACGUCUUUUGCUAAGUCCGUAGUGCCCAAAUUCUGGCCGAGAACGAAACGAGACGCCGAAUGGCGGGGCACAGCUAAUCCAACCUACAUCGACGCCAUUGGUGUUCCUAGGGGAGUGCCGGAUGAGUAUAAGCUGGUGAAUCAGAUAGCAGCUGGUUUUGAAUCCGCCCUGUGUUGGUGGUGUACUCUUAACAAAAAUGUUGACAGGAUUAACUACGUCCAUUACAACGUGCAGAGGCUUGGAAACUGGACCGAGGCGGGUUUCAAGGCGGUCCACUCCCAACUGGCCGCUACUUCCCUCAUGGCUUUCCAGAAUCGAAUGGCCCUUGACAUGCUACUCUCAAGAGAGGGCGGUGUCUGCGCCAUGUUCGGUGAGCAAUGUUGCACUUUUAUUCCAAAUAACACUGCGGCCGACGGAAGCCUGUCCCAGGCCCUUGAGGGCCUGCGGGCCUUGAACGGGAAGAUGAAGGAGCACAGUGGAGUGAACACGGAGGUUUGGGCCAACUGGUUGAACGUGUUCGGAAAGUACCGCGCCCUGGUUUCCUCUGCCCUGGUCUCCGUUGCCGUUUUCUCUGCCAUUUUGACCUUGUGUGGAUGUUGUUGCAUCCCUUGUCUCCGAUCCCUAAUUAACAGGCUAAUUACGGCUGCUAUCUCUCCACCAGCUGAGACUUUCCCGUUGCUCCUAAGGGAUGACCUUUCGGUCGACGGGGGUUCCUUCUCUAUUGACGACCCGGUCAGCGAAUCUGUUGUGAAUGCUUGCUGUUUCGCCUUGCAGACGUCCACCAGUCCACAACAAGUCAUACGAUGCUGUCUGGGGCUUCCUGACCUUCUACACCUCUGGGAAUCCAAGAAAGUUGCUGAUAGCUCAAUCUACUCUGUUGAUGUCUGCACAUGGCAUUCUGUCCUUGCACUCCUUUCCCAUGGCGUCCUGUCUGUAACUACUUGUUUCACAUAGAAUUUUCCCAGGGCGUCCUGUCUGUAACUACUUGUUUCACAUAGAAUUUUGUCCUUGCGCUCUUUUUGUUUCUCAUGAGACUAGGCCAUGCUUUCCCCCCACCUGUUAGGGGCUAGUCUCACAUUGUAGGUAGGGCAUCCCUUAAUAAAAAGAGCGAGGGGUGUGACAGAUCUUUAGUGUAUUUUGGACUGCUGUAAGUCUGGAUGCACUCCUCGCGAGAAAAGACUCAACAUUCUGCCUCACUGGUUUUGUCUGCUGAUCCUUUUGCUGAUUUUGAA